GUGCUGAGCUCAGCCAGACCCAAGGGAGCCUCCCAGCAAAGGGCUUUAGGAUGAGGCAAGCUCAGAGGGGUGAGAAUGGGAACAGAGAAAUAACUGGCAGAGAAAAUGCAGUGCCAAGCAUUUUAUAUCUGCAGGUUGUGCUGCCCUGGGUAAAGCACAGCUUGUGAACACUCCCACCCACAGGAGAGCCCAAACCCCUGUGGUGACAUUGCCAUGCUGUCCCUCUGCUCCAGGUGGGCAGCCCUGAUGUCAGGCAAGCUGUACGUGCUCAUCAGCUGGCCCGACGGCAGCCGGGUCAUCAGCAUGGAGAACAUCAAGGAGCCCCGCAAGCCCUUCCACCUCUACAGCGUGGGGGAGCAGGUCCUGGCCCGCUGCCCUGGCUUCAGUGGGCUCUACUGGGGUGUGGUGGAAGGCAUCAGUGAGCAUAAAGGUAUUUUGGAGAAGAAGCUGCUGGAAGAUCGACAGCUCCUGGAGAAGUUAAAAGAAGAACCAGCUGUCCACAGCAUGAUGCCAUCCCCACCAAAGAAAUCCAGGAAAACCUUUCCAAAAUGGACCCCAGGGAAUGCAUCCAGGAAACACCCCAGUGACAGGACCUGUCCUGCAGAGCCUCUGCUGAGGGUGGCAGAGGCCAGCCUGCCCCACGAUAAAAUCAGCACAGCCUGCAAGACUCUGCUCUACAAGCUCUUCACCUCUGACUACAUCCAGAGCCAUUCCAUCACGGGGCGCAGGGGUAACACCUUCCACGAGGCGAAGCCCAUGAUGGACGAACGCUGCAUCAAAAUCAUCAGGAGUGAUUAUCACCUCAAGGAUUACAUCUACCACGAUCGAUGA